AUGUUCCCACAAAUAAGCCUCAAUACCGAUGUUUCUCGCGAUGAUGUCGCCCGCAUGCGCGAUUGGCUGCGCGACCCGGAAGUUAGCGGGUUAUGGUAUGGCAACGACGAUGCCGAUGGCCACGCUCUGCAUAUCGGAUACUCCCCCGAGCAGAUUCAGGGAGCCUCCGACGAAGAAUGGAACCAGGUUUUCCACCAGGAUGAGCGACGGAUUUACGCCCUCUACGCUACUGACGAAUCCCAUAUUGGAGAGGGUCAGCUUCUCGUAGAAUGGCCUCUGGAAGAAGCGCAACUGUUCAUCAUGAUCGGGCGCAAGGAUUUGUGGCACCACCACUAUGGAACAGCCGCCCUGAUUUCCAUGCUGGAUGAAGCGUUCGAGAAACUGGAGCUUCACCGCGUUUGGGUAGACGUCCCCGAAUAUAACGAACACGCCCUGCAAAUGUUCCGACAUCUGGGGUUCGUGCUGGAAGGACACCUUCGCCGUACCCACCGAAAGGACGGCGACUGGUAUGACUCUUUUGCGAUGGGUUUGUUGGCUGACGAAUACGGACGGCGUCGCGACCGUGUGCUUACCCAGUACGCAACUUGA